AUGGCUUUGGCGAUCCCAUAUGCUUUCAAGAACACAGUACACAAGCUGUGCCGCUGGCACAUUAUGAAGAAGUACAGGGAACACCUCGCAUACCUGUACAACCUGCACGAAGACUUUAAGGAUGAAUUCACAUCAAUCCUCAACUGGCCCCUCAUGCCAACUGAGUUUGAGGCUGCCUGGAAAAGACUCAUGGAUAAGUACAACCUCCAUGAUGAUGCCACGAUGGUGGCCAUGUGGAAAGAGUGUGAGAGAUGGAUAUCAGCCUACUACAAAGAAAUUUUCUGCACCAAAAUGACAUCGAAACAACAAAGUGAGAGCAUGAACUAUGUGCUCAAGAGGAACUUCGUAAGUGAGAGACAAAACCUCCACCGGUUUGUCAGCCAGGUAAACUCCUGCGUCAAAACUAGGACGCAGGCAGAGAACCAGGAGACAAUGGGUAACCGGAAGGAACAAAACACGCUGACCUUCUAUGGGUUUGACACCCAGAUGGCAAAGCUUUACUCACGAGCUGUGUACAACGAGAUCAGAAAAAGGCUAAAACUGAGCACACUCUUCACGGCGACAGAGACGGAAGAGCCCACAAAGUACCCCGUGCGCUACAACAAGCCACAAAAACUGUCUGCGUGGGCUCAGCACGCGUUCCAGGUGGUUGCAGACCCCGUGGGAGAAAUAUAUGACUGCGAGUGCAAGCUAUGGGACCACACAGGUAUUUUCUGUGUGCAUGUCCUGUGCAUGAUGCAGACAAUCAAGGCUGACAGCGUUCCAGAGAAAUACAUCCUCAGGAGAUACACCAAACGCCCGAACAUCCAGCCAACAUUCAACAGAAAUGACUUGAGGGAAGUAGCGUCAAACAAGGCCUCCCAAUACUGCAUUGAAAGCACACUGCUGCAGCAGAACAUGAGGGUGCACAGAAAAAGCUUGAGAAGCCAAGAGCAAAUGGCGAGGUCACGGAUCGUCAUGGACAAACUUGAACAAGAACUCGACGCCAUGCAUUCUGCUGAAAACGGAGGUGUCGCGGACAAUGGAGCCAUUGAGCAGGAUAUUGCUACAAUCUUAUCCGAGAUGAACCAUCUGGGAGCUAUUGACCCAUUCGACAAUGAGGAAGAUGAGCAACAGCAACCAGAGCUUGCCCAUGUGCACACUCAAGAGCAGCAACAUAAUCACGUGCAAGAUCAUGAGCUUGAUGGUGCUGUAGGCGAAUGA